GAGGAGGGGCGCAGCCGCUCCCGCCGCCGCAGCCGCUCCCUCCCCGCGGCGGCCGGGGGGCGGGACGCCGCGGCCGCGCCAGCGCUGCUGUCAGCGCCCAAGGGGCUGGAGGGGCCCUGCCGGCCGCGGGCAGCUGCCAGGGGGUGCCGGCGCGCAGCGGCGCGGAGCGGGGCCGCCCGCUGUUGAGAGCCGCACCGCAGCAGGCGCCGAGCCGCGCCGCUGCAGCACCGCGCCCGCGCUGCCGGAUCCCCCAUCGCGGCAAAGAACAGUUCUGCAGUGUCUGAGGAUGGAUAAAGACUUCCGCUACUACUUCCAGCAUCCGUGGUCUCGCUUAGUUGUGGCUUACUUGGUGAUCUUCUUUAACUUCUUAAUAUUUGCUGAGGACCCAGUAUCUCACAGUCAGACGGAAGCCAAUGUUAUUGUUGUUGGCAAUUGCUUCUCCUUUGUAACAAAUAAAUACCCUGAAGGAGGAGGCUGGAGAUUUUUGAAGGUGUUUCUGUGGCUGCUUGCAAUUCUCACUGGACUGAUAGCUGGGAAAUUUCUCUUCCAUCAGCGCUUGUUUGGUCAGUUGCUCCGCCUGAAAAUGUUUCGAGAGGACCAUGGGUCUUGGAUGACGAUGUUCUUCAGCACCAUCCUCUUCCUCUUCAUUUUUUCUCACAUUUAUAAUCUGUUCCUCAUUAUGGCGGGGAAUAUGAGUGCAUACAUUAUAACAGACUUCAUGGGCAUCAGGAAUGAAAAUUUUAUGAAGGUAGCUGCAGUUGGGACUUGGAUGGGAGAUUUUGUCACAGCAUGGAUGGUAACUGACAUGAUGCUUCAGGACAAACCCUACCCAGACUGGGGAAAGUCUGCCAGAGCUUUCUGGAAGAAAGGAAACGUUAGGAUCACUUUAUUCUGGACGGUUCUGUUUACCCUGACCUCUGUCGUUGUGCUUGUCAUCACUACUGAUUGGAUCAGCUGGGACAAGCUGAAUCGUGGAUUUCUGCCAAGUGACGAGGUCUCCAGAGCAUUCUUGGCUUCUUUCAUCUUGGUGUUUGACCUUCUUAUUGUCAUGCAGGACUGGGAGUUUCCACAUUUUAUGGGUGAUGUUGAGGUGAAUCUUCCAGGCUUGCCAUCUGCACACAUGCAGUUCAAAGUACCUUAUUUCCAGAAGAUCUUCAAAGAGGAAUAUCACAUACAUAUAACAGGCAAAUGGUUUAACUAUGGAAUUAUCUUCCUCGUUUUAAUCUUGGAUCUGAAUAUGUGGAAGAACCAAAUAUUUUACAAACCACAUGAAUACGGUCAAUACAUUGGUCCUGGACAGAAGAUCUACACAGUGAAGGACUCAGAAAGCUUGAAAGAUCUUAAUAGAACUAAGUUAUCUUGGGAGUGGAGAUCCAAUAACACUAACCCACUAACCAACCGGAGCUAUGCUGAAGGAGACAUGUUCUUGCACAGCAGAUUCACAGGCUCUAGCCUUGAUGUCAAAUGCCUGGCUUUUAUCCCAAGCUUGCUGGCUUUUGCUUUGUUCGGUUUCUUCAUCUGGUUCUUUGGGCGCUUUCAGAAAACUGACCAAGGCAUGGAGAAUUUAGACAAAUCAUACACAAGGAUGAAACGAAAGUCACCGUCUGAUAUGGGAAUGACACGAGAGAAUACGCAGGUGUUGGUAGAGGAGCCACUAAGUUUUCAAGAACCCCACCUCGUAUCUAUAAAAUCAGACUUAAGUGAAAUAGUUUUUAAUUCUUCUCUUCUAACUUCAGAAAACUUGAACGCACAACUGAAUGAACAGGAUAGCCCUUUACAGCCCGGACCAGAGUCCUCUGUCCCUAAGAGUAAUCCUGUGACGUAGAGGCAAACACCCGGGAAACUCAGUUUAAAUCAUCAGUUACUAUAAGGUUUCAGUUUGACCUUUUGUAAGCUAAGAUUUACCUAGUGUUUAGAAUAAGAAACUCAACCUAUACCAAAAGGUGCUCCGCAUGCUUUUUCUAGGAAUUUUGGGGUUUUAUUUGUAUUAUAGUAUGUGCCUACUGUAUAUCUAACAUUCCUUUCUAGAUUGCUUCCCAAAAUUGCACAAGCUAUUUAUUAAUGCAUUAUCUGUAUAAUAGUGUAUUAGAUGAUUACCUGCAGGUAUAAAAUUCUACCGUGGUGGUGCCUUGAGACAUUAAACUGUUUUUUAACUCAACACCAGAUGUAUAGCACAGUUCUUCUAUUCUAUUUUGCAAAGCUUUUUUGUAUAUGGUUAUUUCAAGUAUCGUUUGAUGUCUUGACAGAGGAGAUAAAGAUAGGUAUUCCUCAAGAAGAGUUGCCGUUAGGAUAUCACAACUUGACUUUGUUAUUUAUUCAUCUGUGAAGCCAGUGACUUUGAUGACCGGACUGCGGAGAAGCAUGUUGAUUACCUUUUAAUUUUUGCUGGCUAGCUGCCAAACACAAAUAGAGAUUCGUUUUGCAGUCAACAGCAGAGUGAUAAUACGGCAUGGGUCACUACUUGAGAAAAUAUGACUUUCUCCAUCAGUAACAGCAAUUAGGCGAUAAUGCCUAAUUAUAUUUUUCAUAAUUAAAGAUAAACUGCUCCUUGAUGAAAAGUUUUGCUCUUCACCUCUUAGAAACAGAGGUGAAAGUCCAUGGUUGAAGUAUUCCUUUGCGUCCGUCACACCAAUCCCAUCCAGCUUCAAAGAGCCAAUGGAGCGAUCACAUCAAAGGACACAACACUCAUUAAAUCCAGGAUUUGUGCAGUUCGGUGCAGACAUGGUCUGGGCAUACAUGAAACAGAACACACUACACACAGAUAGCCUAACUUCUCCAACUACUGAAGAACUGUUUAGCGAUUGUAAUAAAAAUAGA